GCGGCGCGGAGGGAGCGGCGGCGGCGCUCGGCGGCAGGUUCUCGUGCCGGCUGGAGCAGAUGGCGGCCGCGCUCCUCCUCUACCUGCCCCUGCUGCCGGGGCUGGCCGGCGCCUUCAACCUGGACGCGGAGAACGUGAUCGGCCGGCGCGGGGAGCCGGGCAGCCUCUUCGGCUUCUCGCUGGCCAUGCACCGGCAGCUGCAGCCGCAGGAGAAACGGCUGUUGCUGGUUGGAGCUCCUCGGGAAAAGGCCUUUCCAUCCCAACAAGCCAACAGAACGGGAGGGCUGUACAGCUGUGACAUCACAUCUUCAGAUACGCGCUGCACGCGUGUUGUGUUUGAUGAAGACACUGACCCAAAGAUGGAGAGCAAAGAAGACCAAUGGAUGGGUGUAACUGUCCAAAGUCAGGGGCCAGGAGGAAACGUGGUGACAUGUGCACAUCGCUAUGAGAAAAGGCAAUAUGUAAACACAGUGCAGGAAACCCGGGAUAUCAUUGGAAGGUGCUACGUGCUGAGCCAGGAUCUCACUAUUAAGGAUGAUAUGGAUAAUGGAGUAUGGAGUUUUUGUGAUGGCCGCUUAAGAGGCCAUGAGAAGUUUGGUUCCUGUCAGCAAGGUGUUGCUGCUACUUUUACUAGAGACUAUCAUUACAUUGUGUUUGGUGCCCCAGGCACUUACAAUUGGAAAGGGGUGGUUCGUGCAGAGCAAAAGAAUCAGACAUUUUAUGAUCUGGGUAUCUUUGAUGAUGGGCCUUACGAAGUUGGUGAUGAGAGCCGCCAAGAUAAGAAUCUAGUUCCUGUUCCAGCUAACAGUUAUUUAGGUCUUCUAUUUUUGACAGCAGUAUCUGAUACUCAUCCAGAUCAGUUUGUAUACAAAACGUUGCCUCCCAGCAUACAGGUGGACAAAUCAGUGGAUGUAAUGAUGAAUAGCUACUUAGGUUUCUCUUUGGAUUCUGGUAAAGGAAUUGUCUCCCAAGAUGAGAUGACUUUUGUGUCUGGUGCACCAAGGGCCAACCAUAGUGGAGCAGUUGUUUUACUGAAAAAGGAGAAAAAUCAGAGAGCGCUUUCACUGGAGCACAUGUUCGAAGGAGAAGGGCUGGCCUCUUCUUUUGGUUAUGAUGUGGCCGUUGUGGAUCUGAACAGUGAUGGAUGGCAAGAUAUUGUGGUUGGAGCCCCGCAAUACUUUGAUAGAAGUGGAGAUAUCGGUGGUGCUGUGUACAUCUACAUUAACCAGCAAGGCAAAUGGGAAGGAAUAAAACCUAUUCGCUUAAAUGGGACCGCUGACUCAAUGUUUGGUCUCGCAGUUGAAAAUGUUGGGGACAUUAAUCAGGACGGAUAUCCAGAUAUUGCAGUAGGGGCUCCAUAUGAUGGUUUUGGCAAAGUAUAUAUAUAUCAUGGAUCCAAGAAUGGAAUAAAUACAGAACCAGCACAGAUUCUUGAUGGUGAAAAAACAGGCACCAAUUUCUUUGGUUACUCUAUUGCUGGAAACAUGGACCUGGAUAAAAAUUCCUACCCUGAUAUUGCUGUUGGUUCCCUUUCAGAUUCUGUAUCUGUGUUCAGAUCUCGACCUGUCAUAAGCAUUACAAAAAGCAUUACAGUACAGCCUGACAAACUUGACCUGAAGAAAAAGAACCCUGAAGACCCCAGUGAAAUAUGGAUGGAUGUGAAAGCAUGUUUUCAAUAUACUGCAAACCCUCGUAAUUUAAAUCCAAGAAUAAAGAUCAACUAUACAUUUGAAGCAGAAAAUGAGAGGAGACAAUUAGGCCUGCCAUCUAGGGUACGGUUUAAAGACUAUCUAUCCGAUCAGUUCACUGCAAGUACCACCCUAAUAGGGCAGAACUCAAAACGGUGCGUGACAGCCAAGCUUGUUCUGCAGGAAAAAAUUAAGGAUAAGCUGCGCCCGAUCCCUAUAGCAGUCAGUGUUAAUAUUGCUGGCCUGGAGUCUGGCUCAUCAUCCACCAGAAAAGAGAGAGCGCUUCCGGACCUGAUACCCAUACUAAAUUCAAACGAAUCUGAAACAAAGAUCACAAAAGUGGAGUUCUUGAAAGAAGGAUGUGGAGAAGAUAAUGAAUGUCACAGCAAUCUGAAACUUCAGUACCGGUUUUGCACUAGAGAAGGAAAUGAAGACAGAUUUACCUAUUUACCGAUUGAAAAUGGCAUUCCAGUGCUUGUUUUAAAAGAUCAGAAAGAUAUUGCCCUGGAAAUAACAGUGACAAAUAACCCAUCUGACGCAAGAAAUCCACAGAAAGAUGGAGAAGAUGCAUAUGAAGCUAAACUAAUUGCAACGUUUCCAGAUAGUCUGACUUAUUCUGCAUUCAGGGAGAUGAGAGGAUAUCCUGAAAAACAGCUCACAUGUGGUGCUAACCAAAAUGGCUCUCAAGCAGAGUGUGAACUUGGAAAUCCGUUCAAGAGAAAUUCCAACGUAACCUUUUAUCUGAUCUUAAGUACCACUAAAGUUAAUGUUGAUACAACAGACUUGGACAUUAACCUCAAGCUGGAGACAACAAGCACUCAAGUAAAUUCAACUGCAAUUACAGCCAGUGCUAAAGUGGUUCUUGAAUUGCUUUUAUCGCUCACAGGAGUGGCUAAGCCUUCUCAGGUAUAUUUUGGAGGUAACAUCGUUGGUGAGAGUGCUAUGAAAUCUGAAGAUAAUAUUGGAAACCUCAUCGAGUACGAAUUCAGAGUGACCAACUUGGGCAGGCCACUGAAAACAUUUGGUACGGCUUCCCUGGACAUCCAGUGGCCAAAAGAAAUUAGUAAUGGCAAAUGGCUGCUGUAUUUGAUGAAAAUAGAAUCCAAGGGCUUGGAAAAAGUUUCCUGUCAACCACAGAAUGAAAUCAAUGUUUUGCAUGUUGCGGAAUCCCAUAAUUCAAGAAGAAAGCGUGAGAUUGCGGAGAAGCAGCUUACAGACAGCAAGACAUUUUCUUUGUUUUCAGAAAGAAAAUAUAAGACCUUGGACUGCAAGGUGAAUGCACAGUGCGUGGACAUAAGAUGUCCAUUGAAGGGUUUUGACAGCAAGGCAUCAAUUUUGCUGCGUUCCAGACUGUGGAACAGUACUUUCUUGGAAGAAUUUUCCAAAAUGAACUACCUGGACAUUCUUGUUAGAGCCUCAAUCAGUGUUCCUGCUGCAGCUAAGAACGUCAAACUCACAAAUGAAGCUGCUCAGGUGCGCGUUACUGUCUUUCCUGCAAAACCAGUAGCCCUUUAUACAGGAGUGCCUUGGUGGAUCAUCGCAGUGGCUAUUUUUGCUGGAGUACUGAUGCUUGCACUCCUGGUAUUCUUGUUAUGGAAGUGUGGGUUCUUCCAGCGUUCCAGGUACGAUGACAGCGUCCCCCGCUAUCAUGCUGUAAGAAUUCGAAAAGAAGAACGAGAGAUCAAAGAUGGGAAAUGCAAAGACCUUGAGACAAAACAGUGGUUCACAAAAUGGAAUGAGAAUGAAAGUUAUUCUUAGGGAAAAGUUGUUUCCCUCCUCAAAGUUCAGAUAGAGCGUAAUGCUUUUGUUAAUGGUAAAACUCAUGGAGUUAGACCUGUGAACACUAUGGACAUUUUCACUGUCUGUUUGUAGAUAUUACUACUUACAUUGCGGCUUUUGUUUGCACAGUUAAAAUUGCUUUGUCAGUCCUUAUUGGCACUAUUUAAUUUCCACUCUUUUUCCCCCCUUCAAAUCUAACUCAGGCUUUAGAAGACACUGUGUUGAUUUGGAUUCUUUUCUGCAGAACAUGCAAACCCACUCUGGCAGGCCUUUUCCUGUGCUCCUUAUGUUCCUGGGAAUGCCAGAAAUGUGCAAUUCAGAUCAGCAUAGGUUCUCCAGCCUUCCCUUGAUGUGUGGUCCCUUAUGAACACACUGGCCUUAACAUACGUAGUUCAAGUAUCAUCUGAAGACCCGUAAAUCUAUUUUAAUCGUAAGCUUUGCUGCUGCAGUAGCUAGGGCUUACAAAAAGCAUCAUCUUCAGCUGUAUGCACAGUAGGUCAUGUUGCUCAAUUUUCAAAAUCAGAUUAUGUAAAUCUUGCUCACAACAAAUAUACACAGGUUGUUUUUUGUUAGUUUUUUUUAAAAGAGGCUUGAAUAUUAGAUGUACUUUUUGUAUAUAUAUCUUAGUCAUUUUUGUAUUUAUUUUUGUUAUCAGUUGUUGUCUUUGACUGUUAGGCCAAAGACUUACCUGAACCUUGAAACCACUGUGCUUAUGAACUUCAGAAGAUGAGACCUGAGGCUUUCACUGCGUUUUAAUAAAUCACUGAAGGUGCCAACUCUUUCUAAAAAUGUAAAUAUUUAUUCCAGUGAUGUAUGUGGGGUCUUUUUUUUCAUGAUAUUUGUAACUUGAUCUAAUAGGAACUACCAGGUCUUGUAAUGACUUUGUACGUUACUUCAGACUAUUAAGCAGUUCAGACACCAAGCAUAGGUAGGGUUUUUAAGAUACAGUUUUUUACUAAACUAGAAGUGAGAGGUUCUCUCAAAACAGCUUUUCAGCUUCAUAAGGACUUCCUGUGUGGCAAACGGUGUUGACUACUACAACUGUUACAAAGCACUUGACGAGGCUGUAUACGCCUAACUUAACUAUGAGGAUCUGAGCUGAUCCACUUUGAGACUACUGAACCCUCUUCAAUACCCGAACCUUCCUUAGAGAACAGCCACAGCAAUCUAAUCAUUGAUACAACUAUAGAAAGAGUUUAGUCUUUUUUUUUUUUACCCUUAUUCUAAAGCACUGGUACUCCUUAAGAAUGAAGAUUAGUAUGCAGUUGUUUAUUCCAUAUAGAACAAAAUUCUGCUGGAGAAGCACGCAUGCUAGCUGUUAGCAGUUUAAACUAUGCAAUAACCUCUUGGUACUUUUUCCUCUCAGAGGCUGAAAACCUGCUAAGGGGGCAGUUGUCAGGCGUCUGAUAUCUGCUACUAACUUUAAAGAUACGUUAUUAGAAGCCAUGCUCACCUAAAAUGCUAUCAUUAUAGAAAGGGCAGUAAUUUAGUAGGCUCUUCUUUCUGCCACUAAAUAAUCUCAGUACAUGACCCUGAUUUUAUGAACCCUGACAAAUGCAUUUAGCUGUUAGUCAGUUUUUGAGCUUUUUAAAAAAUAGCUUAUUCUCUGAAAUAGCAGCAUAAGAAGCCAGGCUAAUGAGGUGCUAAGACGCUUGACAACCAACUAACUCCCAGCCUCUGAUUUAAAAGCAGGCUGUGGCUCUCCCCUAAGACCAUGAAUGUCUUUGCAGUGUUAAACUGAAAAUUAUUUUCAAUAAGUCAUGUCACUGGUAUACUUCUCUUUCAAACUUUUUUUUUUUUAAAUACCAGCUAACAAUGCUACACCAUUCCAUUAUGAGAAAUUACCUGUGGAUAUUUGUAUGGAAGUGUGAAAUAAAUUUUUUUUAAAAUUAAA